AUGGACUAAAAGGAUAUUAUAAACAAAUAAUGCCAAUAGCAUUCAUACUAAAUUAUUGCAGUUGAUUUAAAAUGUGCAAAAACUUAGAAUGAAAAAUAUUUAUGUGCUAAAUGUUUAAUAUUGAGGAUGGAAGGAUAAUAAAUUAUAUUAUUGAAUGAACUGAUUUAAAUGAUCUAAGAGAUGAAAAUAAAAUAAAAGAAACAUAGCAUUGAAAACAAUUAGACUUAAUUAGAUUAUAUGAAAAUGCUACAACAAUCACUUAAAGAAUGCACCAAUCAUAUUAAAGAAACAUUUGAGAAAACUUAAAACAAUAUUGAAGGUCAAAUCAAAAAAAACGAAAAUGAAAUUUAAAUAAAAUAAGACAGUCAAAUUGAUAUAGAUUUAGAUCAAGAUAUUGAAAAGCUAUCAAAAUAUUAUAAAGGAAAUAAUUAAUAUGAAUUACCUGAUGGAUCUUCAAAUAAAGAAAUAAUUGAGUAAUUGAUAGAAUGUGUGUAAAAUUAAAUUGGAUAAAUUUCAAAUGUUUAAGAAUAUUCUAAGAUAUCAGAAUCAAUAAAAAAUAUAAAAACGCAAUUUUCAAUUGAUAUAUCCACUGAUAGUGAUUAAUUUGAAAAGCAUGUAAAUUUAUAUAACUAAAUAGAUUUGUGAAUAACAUGGUUUGGAAAUUAUAAUGGUUAAUUUAGAAUUUGAUGAGUAACAGCAUAAUAGGUUAGCAUGUGCAAAAUGUAUUUAAGAAUUUCCUAGAAAAUAUACAACUUUAGAAGAUGUAGAAUAAAAUUGGAUAAAGUUUAAGUGUCAUUCUAAAGAAAUGAUAUCAAAAUAUAUUAAAGAGAGAGAAUCUAAAUUUAAUUAAGCAAUUAAAUUUAUUACAAAUUUGAGAGAUAAAUAUUUGGAAACAUUGUAGACAAUCAUUAAAGAUUUGGAAAAAAACAAAAUUAUAACUGAAGAUCAGCUAUCACCUAUUCCUUUAUUUUCUGAAGAUAUUUAUUAUUUAGAUCGUAAUUAAUUUAAAGGAAUAUUGGAAGCUUUGAGUUAAAAAGAUCUAUAUCGUUCAUUAAAAUUAAAACUUUCACAGUAAGAUCAAUUAGAUUCAAUUUGUUAUCAUAAACUUAAAGAAGUAUUAGAAAAUCUUAUAAAAUAUGAUCUAUUUACCAAAGAAUAAAUUAUGAUGAUUGAAAGUAAUUAUAAAGGUAUGAUUUAAUUUUAAUAAUAGUACUAUUAAUUUUGAGUGAAAAUGAAAAAGAAGAAAUCACUAAUAGUGUCAACAUACAAUAAUUCUUGGAAAAUAGCUCUUUAUUGCAAUCUUAUUUGUCUAUUUUUGAAGAUUCUAUUUAAAUAUAUUAAAAAAUCAAAGGAUAAAUUGAUAGUCUUUAAGAAAAUAAAUAGAUAUUUUAAUUUUUGAAUUAGAAACAAAUAAUUAUAAAAGAAAGUGAAUAAAAAGAAUAAUUAUCAGAUUUUUAAAAAAUUUUUCAAAGAUAAUACUAAUAAUUUGAGAUGUUUUCAAAAAAGUUACAAAAUAUGAUUAUAGUUUAUUAAAAUGAUAAUUUAUUAUCAUAAUAAUAAUGUGAAAUUUAAAAAUUAAAGGAGAGAAUCUAAUCAAGAAUAACUAUGUAAAUUUAAAUUAAACAAAAAUUAUCAAAACAACUAAUUGAAACCAAAAAUAAAAUUAAAAAACAAACACUAGAUUUUUAAUAAUUAAAUUAUGAAUUAGAAAAGUUACAAUAGAAUUUAAAGUAGAAAGAUGAAUCAGAAAAAUAAUUAAUGAUUAAGCUUGAAUAAGAAUCUUCAAAAUUAGAAUAAAUGAAAUAAUAAUCAGAUGAAUCUAAUUAAAAAAAUAAUACAUAAGUUGAACUUUUGAAUAAAACAAUAACUGAUCUUAAUUUAGAAAUAAAAAAUAGUUAGACAAAAUUAUAAUAAAAAGAUCAAAAAAUAAAUUCUCUAGAAUAACAACUAUAAAAUUCAUAAAAUUAAUUUAAUAAAUUAUAAUAGGAUCAUACUAAUUUCCAAAAAGAAAUCAAAGCUAAGCCAAAUGUAUUGUAAGAUGCAUAAUAUUAAAAAAUAUUAUAAACUAUUGAAGAAAAAUCAAAAUAAACUAUAAAAUGUUCAAUUUUAGUUUUUUGUGGAUCAAAAGAUGGAUUAAAUCAUACAUAAUUUUGGAAUAGAGUUUAUGGUAGAAAAAAUUUAUUAAUGGUAUUCAAGUCAAAUACUAAUUAUAUUUGUGGAGCAUUUUCACCUUGUUAAUGGUUAUAACAUUUAGGAAAUUACGUUGUAGAUGAUACAUUACAAUCAUUUUUAUUUUCUUAAAAUCACAAUUAAAUAUAUCCUAUAAAACCUGGUAAUAAAGCUCAUGCAAUUUAUUGUAAUUCAUCUUAUGGGCCUACAUUUGGUUCUGGGCAUGAUUUAUAUAUACCUUCAAAUUUUAAUAGUGUUAGUUCAAGUCUAGGAUCAGCUUAUUAAUGUGACUAAUAUGGUAGUAUAACAGCAUCAACUCAUUUAUUUGGUUAAUCUGGUGUUUAAAUUAUAGAAUGUGAAAUAUUUGAAAUAGUAUUUAAAUGA